UCAGAAGGACGCCUGAGCAGCAGAAGCACACUCCUUAAUGGCGCCUGCCGUUCCCGCCAUUGUCUGGGUACCGGGCAGUCCCGUCCCCGUGCUUUAUGUGGUUGGCCAACCCCCUCGGAGGUUGUUGACAGGACUCUCAAACUCUCCAUCAACUGCUGUGCUCGGCACCAGACACAGGAUUGGCUUCAAACUUUGUAAAGUACGGCAGCAUUAUAACCACCUGCAGUGGUCUCCUGAAGCGUCUUAAGUACCGGUGCCUUGUCUCAUAGAGGACAAUGGAGAGAGUUUUGAAGGGCCAAGAGAGAGAUGCUUUGGUAAUCGUUCCUGCCCCUGCAGCGUCCAUAGUGGUACAGGAGGUAGAGCAGUACAAGGUCCAGAAUGAACAACAGCCCAACAGCGACGUCGAACCCGAUGAAAAUGUCUGUCAAGGGAAAAAGCAGCAGAGACUUCAUGCAAGGCACAGGUGAGACUAGCUCAGCAAACUUUUCGAGUGGACAAGGAGAGGUGCAUCCUGGCAGGGCAGCUGGACCCUAGGAGGAGGACUGACACAGCGUGGAGGUGUGGAAGCGGGAGGAUCAGUGCUGUGCUGGUUCCCACGGGAGGACAGGCGGUGAAUGGUAGCUGCAAGGAAAAGGAAUGAAGAAAAUGAGCAACAUCUAUGAGUCAGCAGCCAACACCCUGGGAAUCUUCAGCAGCCCAUGCCUGACUAAAGUGGAGCUGCGAGUGGCAUGCAAAAGCAUCUCAGACAGGGAUGCCCUCUCAAAACCAGACCCUUGUGUCAUCCUCAAAAUGCAGUCCCAUGGCCAGUGGUUUGAGGUGGACAGGACAGAAGUGAUUCGGACCUGCAUAAAUCCUGUCUUCUCCAAGCUGUUCACCGUGGACUUCUACUUUGAAGAGGUGCAGCGGUUGCGGUUUGAGGUGCAUGACAUCAGCAGCAAUCACAAUGGGCUGAAAGAAGCAGAUUUUCUUGGUGGCAUGGAGUGCACUCUUGGACAAAUUGUUUCUCAGAGGAAACUCUCCAAGUCCUUACUCAAACAUGGGAACACAGCAGGGAAGUCAUCUAUAACAGUGAUUGCUGAGGAGCUGUCUGGCAAUGAUGACUACGUUGAACUUUCCUUCAGCGCACGGAAGCUGGAUGACAAGGACUUUUUCAGCAAAUCCGAUCCUUUCCUGGAGAUUUUCCGGAUGAAUGACGACGCAACCCAGCAGCUUGUUCACAGGACUGAGGUUGUGAUGAAUAACUUAAAUCCAACAUGGAAGACGUUCAAAGUGUCUGUGAAUUCUCUGUGCAGCGGGGACCAGGACCGCAGGCUGAAGUGCAUUGUUUGGGACUGGGACUCCAACGGCAAGCACGACUUCAUUGGAGAAUUUAGCUCUACUUUCAUGGAAAUGAGAGGAGCUAUGGAGGGACGGCAGGUGCAAUGGGAAUGCAUCAACCCCAAGUACAAAGCAAAAAAGAAGAAUUACAAGAACUCAGGCAUUGUCAUCCUUAACCAGUGCAAGAUCCACAAGAUGCACUCGUUCCUGGAUUAUAUCAUGGGAGGCUGCCAAAUACAGUUUACAGUAGCUAUCGACUUCACCGCCUCCAACGGCGAUCCGCGCAACAGCUGCUCGCUGCACUACAUCCACCCCUACCAGCCCAACGAGUACCUGAAAGCCCUGGUAGCUGUCGGGGAGAUCUGCCAGGACUAUGACAGUGACAAAAUGUUCCCAGCCUUUGGAUUUGGCGCAAGGAUACCCCCAGAAUACAAAGUCUCUCAUGAUUUUGCAAUCAAUUUCAAUGAAGACAACCCAGAAUGUGCAGGCAUACAAGGCGUGGUGGAGGCUUACCAGAGCUGCCUGCCCAAGCUGCAGCUGUACGGGCCCACCAACAUCGCUCCUAUCAUCCAGAAGGUGGCCAAGUCAGCCUCUGAGGAGACCAACACCAAGGAGGCCUCGCAAUAUUUCAUCCUGCUGAUCCUGACGGACGGCGUCAUCACGGACAUGGCAGACACCAGAGAGGCCAUUGUCCAUGCCUCACACCUCCCCAUGUCUGUCAUCAUCGUCGGGGUGGGCAACGCUGAUUUUAGCGACAUGCAGAUGCUGGAUGGUGACGAUGGGAUCCUGAGGUCUCCCAAGGGCGAGCCUGUGCUUCGUGACAUCGUCCAGUUUGUGCCAUUUAGGAACUUCAAACAUGCAUCCCCAGCUGCUCUGGCAAAAAGCGUUUUGGCUGAAGUUCCAAACCAAGUUGUGGACUAUUACAAUGGCAAAGGGAUAAAGCCAAAGUGCGUGUCCGAGUACGAGUCUUCCAGGACACUGGCUCCGUGACCCUGCCUGCACUCUUCUACAAAGGCAAAGGAGAAAGUGCUGCUGCCUACAGCUACUGUACUUAACAAAGAAACAACACAAGUAGCACGUUUUGGUGAUUUUUAACAAAAGUAACCUUUUUUUUUUGCAUGUGUAGCCUAAAGGCUUAAAUCUGUUAAGCAGUUGCGUUGUUGAAACAUUUUUAUGGGAAAAAAAUCCAGAAACAAAAAGAAAAAGUGAUCUCUUUACAGCAUGUUGCCUUGGAAUAAGAAGUUAUCUGUAUCUGUUUUUUAUACAGGUUUGUUGAAAUUUUGCUAAAUUUCUUAUCUUUACACUGUAAAGCAUUUUGAAAUACUUACCGAGAGUCGAUAGCCAAAAUGUCUUUGGUUUAAUCUGCUGAGCACUGAGAGAUUUCUCAAAGGGGCAGAUGCAUGAACUGUAUUUUGCAUGUUUAAAAUAAAAACAACACAGUUUUGCA